AUGUCUUCUACACAACAGCAAGUUAUUGUCAAAGCUUAUUACAACGAUCUCGUUGAAAGUCAACCAGAAAUUCGUCGAUUUGCUAUCGAUGUAUCAACAAACCAAGAUGUUUAUCAAGCAUUGGAAACAACUAUUUCUCAAUUGAAUAGUGAUUACGUUCAAGGUCAAUUUACAUUACAAUAUGUAGACGAAGACAAUGAUCGUAUUACAUUCUCAUCGAACAAUGAAUUACGAUCAGCUUUGAAUAAUAUUUCAGCUGGUGGUGUAAUUAAAAUUUAUGUUAAACCAAAAGCUAAAAAAACGGAAGAAGCAAAAGAAAAUCCAACACUUCAUUAUGGUGUUCAAUGUGACGGUUGUGAAGGUCCUGUAGUCGGUAAUCGUUAUAAAUGUGCUGAAUGUCCCGAUUAUGAUUUAUGUCAAGCCUGUUCGGAUAAAAAAAUUCAUUCUGAACACAACAUGAUCAAAAUAACUCACCCAACUCCACGCGGCUUUGGUGGACAUCGUCGAUGUGGUGGUGGCGGUGGUCGCGGACCAUUUCAUGGUGGCCGUGGACCAUUUCAUGGUGGUCGAUGUGGUGGUGGUCCUCGUUUCUGGCGUCAUUUUAUGAACCAACAACAACAACAACAAGCAGGUGGUCCUGAAGCUGCUUUUCCAUUUCCAGCUGAUAUGGCUGCAUUUCUCAGCCAAUUUACUGGUAAAGAAUUAUCGGAAUUAGUCGAAGCUCAUUUACCUGAAGCUCUUCGUACUGAAAAAAUUAACGAAAUGCUCAAUCAAUUUAAAACUGGUGAACAAGCAGAUAAACCUCUUGAUCAACAUACUCUCUUAGAAAAUGUUGGUAAAUUCCUUCAAGAAGUUCUUUCACCAUUUGGUAUUGAUUGUGAUUAUUUUGUUGAUAAUCAAAAUCAACAAAAAAAAGAAACAGCUGAACCAACUGAAAACAAGGAAAAAACUGAAGAAGCAACAGCAAGUAGCAAUACAAGUGCUGAACCUAAACCAACUGCUCCUCCAUCCAACGGUGGUGCAACAUCAGCUCCAGCUGGUCAACCAUCAUUUGGCAACUUACUUGAACAACUUCAAACAAUGUUUAAUCCAAUGUUUCAAGUACCACCAACAUCGGCAGCAGCAGCAGCAACAACUGUUACAGCUGAAGAUAAAGAAGCUGCUGAACAAAAAAAAAUGGAUGAAUGUAUUGAACGAAUGACUGCAAUGGGUUUUGUUGAUUCAAAUGGUGUCCUUACUGAACUUAUUAAAUCGAAAAAAGGUGAUCUCAAUCAAGUUCUCGAUGCUCUCAAUCCUCGUAAUUACAAAAAUUAG